CCGAAGGAGGUGUGGCACCAGCCUGGAAACCGAGUGGGCCGAGUCCUUUGUUUGGUUUCGCGUUCGCGAUUCUUUAUUUUCACCGCAGAAAUUUGCUUCUAGACCAUGUUUAAAUUAUUCCAAUUGGCUCCACGACUAGGGACGCUUGCAUCCAGGUGUGAAUCGUACCCCAUAAAAUUCCUCAGACCGUUUUCAGUGUCGCCGGCAAAUCGAUUAAAAGAGAUUCGGGAGGUCAAUGAUGGGAAAAACAUCACGAUCGAAGGAGUUUAUGUUGACUUGCCAAAAGCUGAUAAAGUAUUGAAAGUGGUGGCUGAAAAUCCAAAUUCGUGCUCGAUUUGUUCCCUUGGAUUAGAAGUAAAGCACACGGAUGUUUUGAUUUUGAGUCAAUUUGUGAGACCUGAUGGAUGCAUGUUACCAAGGCGAAUUACUGGGCUGUGUAGGAAACAGCAAAAAAGGAUAGGAACAAUGGUCACAAUGGCCCAAAGAGCAGGACUGAUGUCCAACUUAAACCCCACCUACAGCAAGAAAGAUCCUGAAAAAAGAGGUCAAUGGAAAAAAUUCAAAUCAUACUAUGACGAGUCAACAAUUGGGCAAAGAAAACCACCCAAGCCUGAAUAUAAGUGGAUUUGGAAGAAGAGAAAUUUUUAUGAAAAAGUCUAAUUUGUAUUUAGUUUUUUGAACUCCAUAGGAAAUAAAUCGAAUAAUUGUA